GUUCAAUUUUUGUAGGUUGUAUAACCACAAAAAACCUGGUUAAUAAAUGGAUCAUUGGCUUUCCAUUUAAUUUUCUUUGCAUAAAUAUAUUCCUUAUUUAAAUUGGCAGUAUAAUAAAAUGGGCCAUUUUUGUAAAACCAUUCUGUCCGUAGUGCUAAUUGUCACCAUAGCGGUACAAAUUAAUGGCCAAGUCACUCCAGCCGUACUAAUUUUCACUCAACCUGGAAAUAAUUUAGGACCGUACAGUUUAAAAUUGGAGGAGGCCGAUGUCCCCAGCAACGAGCAGGGUUUCAUCGAUUUCUUGACCCUCAUUCCAGACGUGUCAAUCGUCGUUUGUGGGAUCGGAAUAUGGAGGUUCUAUCCUGAUGCCGAUUUCCAAGGUAGCCCGGGCAACAUAGGGUACCAAAUCGGUGGGAACUUACAACCUCAAUGCUACGAUUUGGACACACUUGGUCCUGCCUUUGCCGCCAUGAAGUCGUAUCGCUCUCUCGGCGGGGAAAAUUUAAAUCAGCAAGCAAUCCACGUUUUUGAAGAGGAGUUCGGAAUUGGGAGAAGUUUCAGCAUUCUCGCCCCGAUAGAUUUUACUAAUGGACCAAUAUUAAAUAUUCCGACAUCCUUCGGACCCGUCGGUUCAUUCCUGAUCACAGGACAGGCCGAUGCCAACCCAUCCGUUCCAGAUUAUGCGUUGGCGCCAGUGUUUAAAAUAUUUGAUGACGAGACCGCCAAUCCCUCCUUGCCAUCGGUCUGUUUCUCGCUGGCGACUCCGGAUGAGUCGGGAGUCUUAAACAAGUUUCACUUUCAGGGUAGGAUGACCUAUAAUGAUUCAGGUGUCCCGACCCUGAUCACGAUGGGAGCAUUGGAUUACGCUUCGUAUGAUUCGAUUAGUUCAAAUCCGGUCGAAUUUUGUCCCAAGAUAGUGGAGGUGAGGGUAAUUAAGGAAGAGCUAAUGGCCCCACGAAUGAUAAAGUCGAUUCGAUUAAUGUAAAUAUUGAGCGAAUCAAAUUUACUUGGUUAAUGAAAUAUUUGCAUAGGAUAAGUCAAAUCUUGGAUGAUUAAUUAGUUUUUGAAAUUUGAAUUCAAUUUGUGGAAUUAUUAAAUUGAAAAAUAUUCAUAACGCAAUUAGUGGACAAAUAAAUAAAUGGAAAAUUAUUGAUUUCA